UUCCUGUCACCCACCUGUAUAUAUAGUCAACACUGACGCGUGAGCUUUACACAUUUUGUUCACACCAAGGUGCAAUAUGCUCUCCAGUGAUAUAGUACAUGUUUUCGUGGUCGGUAUUUUUUUGGUUGACAUCACUGUAGCAGCUACAGUUCCACCCCAGGGAGGCACCCCCUGCGCCGACCACAUCUCUAACUGCCAGGACUUCAAGGGAUGGGGUUGUGGUGGCCAGUACCAGCAGUGGGCACACAUGAAGUGUGCCAAGACAUGUGGAUAUUGCGAUAACAACGGAUUCGUUAUUCCAUACACUUCGCAUCAAUGCGAUGACAAGAUCUCCAACUGUAAGGACUACGGCUUGAAUGUUUGUAGCAGUUAUAAAGAUUGGUCUAAGGUCAACUGUGCUUCCAUGUGCAACAUUUGUGAUGUGUGACUGACUGGCGUCUAGCCAACGACACCGAGGGACACCGGUACAAUGAGAAGUAAUUUGAUUCCAUUUGUGUUUUGUUUUCCCUUUACAUGUAUCAGUCAGCACAAAUAAACUACAAUUUACCCAA